AUGGGCGAAGGCAGGCACACAGUGCUGGGGAAGAUGCCCUCCUGGGCCCUCUUGGUGGUCACCUCCUGUCUCCUCCUGAUCACCUCCUGCCUCCUCCUGGCCCCCCAAUACCUGGCACAAGUCACCAGCCAAGACUCAGAGCUCCUGAGAUGUUUCUCUCGAACAUUUGAGGACCUCACUUGCUUCUGGGAUGAGGAAGAGGCAGCAGCCAAUGGAACAUAUCAGCUGUUGUACGCCUAUCCUGGGGAAGAGCCCCGGGUUUGCCCCCUGAGGUCCCAUCAUGUGGUCCCCUCUGGAACUCGAUACGUGUGCCAGUUCCCAGCUCAGGAUGAAGUGCGUCUCUUCUUUCCACUGCACCUCUGGGUGAAGAAUAUGCUUCUCAACCAUACCUUGGCCCAGCGGGUGCUCUUUGUGGACAGUGUGGGCCAGCCAGCUCCCCCCAGUACCAUCAAAACCCUGAGUGGAAGCCAACCAGGGGAGCUCCAGAUCUUCUGGGAGGCCCCAGCUCCUGAAAUCAGUGAUUUCCUGCAGCAUGAACUUCGUUAUGGCCUUAGGGAUGCUGAGAAUGCCACGGGCCCCACAGUGAUACAGCUGCUGUCCACAGAAACCUGCUGUCCAACCCUGCAGAGGCCAAAUUCAGCACUAGGCCCACCUCCCUGUGUUCAGACCGAGGAGUCCCAGCACAGAGGACCUGAGAGGACCUCCCCAACGAGAGAAGUUCUGUCUCUGGCAGUAAAGGGUGGAAGCUGCCUCAUCCCAGGGCUCCAGCCUGGUAACUCCUACUGGCUCCAGCUGCGCAGCCAACCAGAUGGGGUCUCCCUCCAUGGCUCCUGGGGAUCCUGGUCCCUUCCUGUGACUGUGGACCUCCCUGGAAAUGCAGUGGAAAUUGGAUUGCAAUGCUACACUAUGGACCUGAAGAACGUCACUUGUCAAUGGCAGCAACAGGACCAUGCUAGCUCCCAAGGUUUUUUCUACCACAGUAGAGGGUGGUGCUGCCCUAGAAACAGGGAUCCUGUUUGGGAGAAGUGUGAAGAGGAAGAGAAAACAAGUCCAGAAUUACAACCCUAUCCACUCUUCCGCUGCCAUUUCAAGUCACAAAACGAAAGUAUUAUACAUGUCCUUGUGGAGGUGACUACACUCCAGGGCACUAUACAUAGCUACCUGGGCUCCCCUUUUUGGAUUCAUCAGGCUGUGCUCAUCCCCACUCCCAAUUUGCACUGGAGAGAGGUGUCCAGCGGGCGGUUGAAGUUGGAAUGGCAGCACCCCACCUCCUGGGCAGCCCAAGAGACUUGCUAUCAGCUUCGAUACACAGGAGAAGGCCAUCAGGACUGGAAGGUGCUGGAGCCGCCUCUAGGGGCCCAAGGAGAGACGCUGGAGCUGCGUCCCCGCUCCCGCUACCGUUUACAGCUGCGAGCCAGACUCCACGGCCCCACCUACCAAGGCCCCUGGAGCUCCUGGUCCGAGCCAGUGAGGGUGGAGACCGCCUCCGAGAUGGCCUGGAUCUUCUUGGUGAUUACUUUGCUACUCGUGCUGGGCCUCAGCGUCAUCCUGGGCCUGCUGCUACUGCGGUGGCAGUUUCCUGCACACUUCAGGAGCCUGAGGCAUGCCCUGUGGCCUUCACUACCUGACCUGCACCGGGUCCUGGGCCGGUACCUUAGAGACAAUGCAGCCCUGAGUGCGCCCAAGGUCAUCGUCUCUGAUGCUUAUGAAGAAGUAGAACCCAGCCUCCUUGAAAUUCUACCUAAGUCAGCAGAGAAGACCCCUUUGCCUUUGUGUUCUCAGGCCCAGAUGGACUACCGAGGAUUGCAGCCAUGUCUGGGGGCCGUACCCCUGACUGUGAGCUCAUUCACUACUGAGUCAGGGUCCUACUGCACCACACACAUUGCCAACCAUUCCUAUUUACCACUCAGCUGCUGGCAGGUCCCUCACUCCCCAUACCCUGGACAGAUCUAA